GUGCUACGAUAUAGAAUGAAAUUCGUGAUAUAUAUUGGACUUUUAGCACUAUGUCAAUGUGUAUUGAUAAGGGCUCAGCAAUUCGAGGCACCAGAGCCUGAGGAGGAUGACACCGUAACAGUAUUGAAUGGAAGCACUCUUUAUACGGGCAACAUAAGUCUGUGCAAUAAUGUUGCCAACAGAGUUUUUCUGCCCUAUGUGGGAGACUGCAAAAAAUAUUAUCUCUGCUGGGAUGGGGAGGCCAUAGAGAAACAGUGCAAUAAGAACUAUGAGUUCAAUGCUCGCAACCAAAGUUGCAGCUUUCCGGAUAAAGCCAACUGUAUGCCCAAAUGUGAAUCCUACAAUCUGACGAGCUUCCGCUACGACCGCACCUGCACCAAAUACGUGCUCUGCUAUUACGGCAUUCCAGUUCUGCGGGAAUGCCAGGAUGGAUUGCAAUACAAUGCGGAGACGGAUCGCUGCGAUUUCCCCCAACAUGUGGACUGUGUGGACAACGAGUGCAUGAGAUUGGGUGAUGCAGUGGAGCUGUUGUACUUACCUAGCAAGGCGUCAUGCUCUCAAUAUUUCCUGUGUGCGAGAGGCGUGGCCGUUAAGUCUACCUGUGCAAAGGGAUUGUAUUUCAGUACCAGCUGCAAUUGCUGUGAUUAUCCCAAUCGGUCGGCAUGCCAGAUUCCAGCAUUGAAACGCAAUAUUCAACCCUUUUCUCGUAUGCCACUGCGAGGCGCUGAUGUCAUCUGUCCACGUCAUGGAGCUCACUUCUACGCCCACAAAUCGAGGCGUGAUGCCUAUUACUAUUGCGUGGAGGGUCAUGGAGUUACCUUGGACUGUACGCCCGGCCUGUGGUAUGAUGCAAAUGUUCAAGAAUGCCGAGAACCCGAAAAGAUAUUGAAGGCUUUGAAAUUUCUUUACGGAUUGGCUUUAUUUGUCUUGUUCCAAUGCUCGGGAGCAAGAUUUCAUUUGAAGCUGACGCCACAGUCAGAAGAGAUUGUGGCACCUGAUCCAGAAGAAAAUGUCGUGAAUCCCGAUGGUCCUUUCUCCUCCUUAGUCGUGAACGACAUAAAUCUGUGCGCAAAUAUGGCUGACCAGUCCCUGCUGCCCUACAUAGGCAACUGCUCCAGCUUCAUCUCCUGCGUUGGUGGCAAGGUCGAUUAUAUCGGCAGCUGCUAUGAUGGAGAGGCUUUUGAAGAGCUUUGCAAGGGAAAUGCCACAGAUUGCCAUCUCGGGUUUGAUUACAAGUUCCAGGCAUGCACCUACAUAGAUAACGAUGUCAAGUGCCUGCCCGAAUGUGAAGAAUACAAACUUACGAGCUUCUGUUAUGAUCGCACCUGCACCAAAUACGUGCUCUGCUAUUACGGCAUUCCGGUACUGAGGGAAUGCUACGACGGGCUGCAGUACAAUGCGGACACGGAUCGCUGCGAUUUCCCCGAAUUUGUGGACUGUGUGGAAAACGAUUGUCCUCAAGAGAUAACGGUCUCGAACAUUCGCUAUCUGCCCAGCAAGGCGCAGUGCAACAAGUACUUCAUCUGCUCCAAUGGCAUGCCCUGGCCCCAAGAGUGCGCCAAUGGCUUAGCCUUUAACCCCGAAUGCAAUUGCUGUGAUUAUGCGAGCAAAGUCCAAUGCAACGUAACUACUUCAUUGCAGCAGCGCAAUAUUCAGCCCUAUUCCCGCGUACCGCCUCGACGCGCUGACAUCAUCUGCCCGGACACUGGCGUUCACUUCUAUCCCCACAACUCGAGACGAGACUCUUACUACUAUUGCGUAGAGGGACAGGGCAUCACCUUGGACUGCACACCCGGCUUGUUGUACGACCCCAAGGUGCAUGAGUGCCGCGAUCCCAAAUACGUUCAGAUCUAAAUGUAAUGCCAAUUGAAUUAAAUAUAGGCGCUUCGCA